UGGAUACUUAAUUUCAGCAAACAGCUAGGGUAUAAAAACAAGAAUACACGCAAGCACGGUUAGAGUGGACCUAUUUUAUAAGCUUUCAGUAUCAAAUUAUUAGUUAUGGAUAUCAGAUCAAUUAAUUGUUUGGUUGCGGUAAUGGUAUUCUUGAUAGUACCAUUUAUCAAAGGACAAACAAAUCUUACAAACGCACAAACAGCGUCGCCGGUGAAUAAUACAGGACAAACAAAUACAAGUGUCGGAGGGAAUGUCGGAACAAAAGCGCCAGCAGUGGUAGCAGGAGGGAAUAAGACAGGAAACGGGAAAAAUGGAACAGGGACAAUGAAUGGUACAGGAGGGGGUUCCGGACAAACAAAUACAAGUGUCGGAGGGAAUGUCGGAACAAAAGCGCCAGCAGUGGUAGCAGGAGGGAAUAAGACAGGAAACGUGAAAAAUGGAACAGGGACAAUAAAUGGUACAGGAGGGGGUUCCGGGGCUGUGACACCGAAGGUAACACCAAAGGUGACGACACCAAAACCUAAACAGUGUGUUAAGGGAAAGUGCACGGCCAAGGGUGAGGAUGAAUCCUGCCUUAGCACUAUUACUGGAAAAUGCCCACUUCUGAGUACCGGAAGUUGUACGACACUUGUGACAAAGAAUGCAUCACAUACAACUGUAAAUGUUGACUGUAGUCCAAGCGCAUGUCCUCCACCGGGAACACCGACUACUUCAACCGCAAAACCGCCAACAACUUCAACAAAUAGCUGUUGUAAUACAGAUCUCUGCAAUCAGUAUCAAAAUUCAGCAGCUGUCAGUCUCACGACAAAUAUGCUUUAUGCUAUAGGAUUGAUACUCAUCAACGUUUACCUGUAGUGACCUUUUUUAACAAUUCGACAUCUAGGAUAUAGAGAGGAGUAAACAUGAAUAAAAUCAUCGCAUACUUCCUAACAACACUGACUGUAGAUGUGUUGAAAAUAUUGCUUAUAUGUUUAAAUGAUUGACAUACAAAUAACUUGCCCAGGAGACAAAUAUUGUUUACGUUUCAGUGUAUUUUAUUGUGAUAUCAGAAGUCUGAAGAUGCGUUUACGUACGUUUAAGUUGAGAUGAACACAUCUUACGUACGGAUUUUUAAAAUUAGUUUGUGAUGAUUUGCUAAUAUUAUUCUAACUCAGUUACUUUGAAGAGUCCUGAUGAAGCUGCUAGCUGACCAAGUGCUCUAAUGAUAAAUAACAGUGUUAUAAUAAUGUUAUUUUAACGUGUCUAUUUCUCUGAAAUAUAUCUAAAUUUUGCAAACUUUCCGUCCAGAUGUUUUCAUAGUUUUUUUUUAUAGAUUGCUAUAUUUUUGAUAAAAGAAUAAAACUGUAGAGUA